AUGCUCCAAAAUGAGAAUAUCCAUUCGGAGUUUCCGUCUAUUCGAGAUGUUCAAAUGCUCCAAAAUGAGAAUAUUCGAGAUGACCGAAUUUUGCAAAGUGGGAAUAUUCGGAGUUCCCGUCUAUUCGAGGUGUCCGAAUACUCGCAAAAUGCGAAUAUUCGAGGCAAAAUGCGAAUAUUCGGAGUUUCCGUCUAUUCGAGAUGUCUGAAUACUCGCAAAAUGCGAAUAUUCGACCAAAAUGAGAAUAUUCGGAGUUUCCGUCUAUUCGAGGUGUUCGAAUGCUCCAAAAUGAGAAUAUUCGAAUGCGAAUAUUCGGAGUUUCCGUCGAUUCGAGGUGUCCUAAUACUCGCAAAAUGCGAAUAUUCGGAGUUUACCUCUAUUCGAGAUAUCCGAAUACUCGCAAAAUGCGAAUAUUCGGAGUUUCCGUCUAUUCGAGAUGUCUGA